UGGUAUCAAGGAGAGUGGCUCGAUGUCACCGUGGACGACCGCCUGCCCACGUGCAAUGGCAGACUGCUAUACGUCAAGUCGACCAACCCUAAUGAGUUUUGGCCUGCAAUCCUUGAAAAAGCCUAUGCAAAGCUGUAUGGGUCAUAUGCACACCUUCAGGGAGGGUUGAUGGGGGAAGCCCUGCAGGACUUCACGGGUGGGGUGACUUCCAAAAUCAACCAUGCCGAGCACGAGCCAUUGGAAACGUUUCUUCGAAUUCUAGAUGCACACAGGAACAACUCUUUCGUCGCAGCUGCGCUUAUACGCUUCAACAUGGAUGACUCAGAUAGACUGGCGAAUGGCCUGGUGCCGGGUCAUGCGUAUAGCGUGAUUAGAAUCGAGUGGGUCCGUUUUAAGAAUGAUGAUCAAGACCAGCCGACCGAUAUACCGCUCAUUUGCCUGAGAAACCCUUGGGGCAGGGUCGAAUGGAACGGAACGUGGAAUGACAGGUGUCCAAUGUGGCAGAAAAUAUCUGAGAAGAGGAAGCAGGAGAUCGGCUACCAAAGACAGGAGGAUGGCGAAUUUUGGCAGUCGUUUGCAGACUUUUAUCGGUUAUUCACCUUUACCGAAAUCUGCAUGUUUGCUGUGCCAGUUAAUGAGCCCGGAGAGCAUCAGGCGAACGACGGAUCAAAUUGGUUUGUCGAGAGCUACCACGGCAGCUGGACAAAGGGCCACAAUGCCGGUGGCUGCCGUCUUUACCCAGAAACCUUCUGGUGCAACCCGAAACACGGUUUCUCAGUGAACGGACGAAAAAAGCAACUCGUGCUAGUUUCGCUGCUGCACAAGCACCGCCGCCGCAUGAUGUGGAGAAACAUCAAUGCCAGUGCGCUUAAAAUCGGGCUGUUUGUCUACAAGACCAAGAACGUGCAUCAGAUGUUGGAUAAGGAGUUUUUCACGUCAACCAGAGCGUACGCGUACACCGAGUUGUCCGUGAUGCGAGAAAACGCGUUCCAGCUGCACGCCGAGCCAGGCAGCUACAUCGUGGUGCCUUACACCCUGUGCCCUGACGAGGAAGGGGAAUAUCUUCUCAGGAUCAUGGUUAAGAUCAACGAUAGACGCCGAAGCAUUGGACACCAGAUGAAGAAGCGCGUGGAGAUGUAUGCAAAUCGCAUUCCUAGAAUGACAAAGGGCGAGUGCCUCGCGCAAAUGGUCCAAAUAGAGGAGAUCGUGACGAAAACUAUCACGGGAGCCGAGGAUGGCCGCGGCCAAACGCUGUUGCCAGUUCAGAGAAGAGACAAUGGCGAGGCCGUGCCUGGACCCAGCAAAAGGAAAAGACACCAUUGAUCUACAACCCAGACACUCAUCUUGCAUUUAAAAAUUAAAAGU